GCCAAGCAAACCAAAGGCAGGCAAAAGAUCACAAUGAAGAGAAUAGAGAACGAAGACGGCAGGCUAAUCACUUUUUCGAAACGCAGAUCUGGGAUUUACAAGAAGGCAAGUGAACUGGUUACACUGUGUGGUGCAGAGGUUGGUGUGCUGGUGUUUUCACCAGCAGGCAAGCCCUUCUCCUUUGGCCAUCCAUCCAUGGAAUCCAUAUCAAAUCGUUUCCUUGGCAAUAACCUAACACCCAUUGACAGUACACACCCUCUGGUGGAGGCUUAUCGGAAGUUGAGGAUUAACGAGCUAAACCAGAAUUGCAAUGAACUGCUUAGCCGACUGGAAGCAGAGAAAGAGAGAGGAAACAUGCUGAAGCAGAUGAUGAAAGGGAAAGGGAGGCGGCAGCAGCAGCAGAGUUAUUGGUGGGAAGCUCCUGUCGAUGAGCUUAACUUUCAAGAUCUUCAUCAAAUGUAUGCUAUGUUGGAAGACCUUCACAGUAAUUUAUGCAGGAAAAUCAAUGGACCAUCUUCGUCCAGGAAUCCAUUAUUUGCCUGCACCAAUCAUCAGAACGAUCCUGCUGGCUCCUUCCCUCAUGGAUUUGAUUAUGGGCGCAGGCAUUUUUAG